AAUAAUACAAAAUGCAGAUCUUUGUGAAAACCUUGACUGGAAAAACCAUCACCCUGGAGGUGGAGCCAUCCGACACCAUUGAGAACGUGAAGGCCAAGAUCCAGGACAAGGAGGGAAUCCCCCCAGACCAGCAGCGUCUCAUCUUCGCCGGCAAGCAGCUGGAGGAUGGCCGCACUCUUUCGGACUACAACAUCCAGAAGGAGUCGACUCUCCAUUUGGUGCUGCGUCUCCGCGGUGGUAUGCAGAUAUUCGUGAAGACUCUGACCGGAAAAACCAUCACCCUGGAGGUGGAGCCAUCCGACACCAUUGAGAACGUGAAGGCCAAGAUCCAGGACAAGGAGGGAAUCCCCCCUGACCAGCAGCGUCUCAUCUUCGCCGGCAAGCAGCUGGAGGAUGGCCGCACUCUUUCGGACUACAACAUCCAGAAGGAGUCGACUCUCCAUUUGGUGCUGCGUCUCCGCGGUGGUAUGCAGAUCUUCGUGAAGACUCUGACCGGAAAAACCAUCACCCUGGAGGUGGAGCCAUCCGACACCAUUGAGAACGUGAAGGCCAAGAUCCAGGACAAGGAGGGAAUCCCCCCUGACCAGCAGCGUCUCAUCUUCGCCGGCAAGCAGCUGGAGGAUGGCCGCACUCUUUCGGACUACAACAUCCAGAAGGAGUCGACUCUCCAUUUGGUGCUGCGUCUCCGCGGUGGUAUGCAGAUCUUCGUGAAGACUCUGACUGGAAAAACCAUCACCCUGGAGGUGGAGCCAUCCGACACCAUUGAGAACGUGAAGGCCAAGAUCCAGGACAAGGAGGGAAUCCCCCCUGACCAGCAGCGUCUCAUCUUCGCCGGCAAGCAGCUGGAGGAUGGCCGCACUCUUUCGGACUACAACAUCCAGAAGGAGUCGACUCUCCAUUUGGUGCUGCGUCUCCGCGGUGGUAUGCAGAUCUUCGUGAAGACUCUGACCGGAAAAACCAUCACCCUGGAGGUGGAGCCAUCCGACACCAUUGAGAACGUGAAGGCCAAGAUCCAGGACAAGGAGGGAAUCCCCCCAGACCAGCAGCGUCUCAUCUUCGCCGGCAAGCAGCUGGAGGAUGGCCGCACUCUUUCGGACUACAACAUCCAGAAGGAGUCGACUCUCCAUUUGGUGCUGCGUCUCCGCGGUGGUAUGCAGAUAUUCGUGAAGACUCUGACCGGAAAAACCAUCACCCUGGAGGUGGAGCCAUCCGACACCAUUGAGAACGUGAAGGCCAAGAUCCAGGACAAGGAGGGAAUCCCCGCUGACCAGCAGCGUUUCAUCUUCGCCUGCAAGCAGCUGGAGGAUGGCCGCACUCUUUCGGACUACAACAUCCGGAAGGAGUCGACUCUCCAUUUGGUGCUGCGUCUCCGCGGUGGUAUGCAGAUAUUCGUGAAGACUCUGACCGGAAAAACCAUCACCCUGGAGGUGGAGCCAUCCGACACCAUUGAGAACGUGAAGGCCAAGAUCCAGGACAAGGAGGGAAUCCCCCCUGACCAGCAGCGUCUCAUCUUUGCCGGCAAGCAGCUGGAGGAUGGCCGCACUCUUUCGGACUACAACAUCCAGAAGGAGUCGACUCUCCAUUUGGUGCUGCGUCUCCGCGGUGGUAUGCAAAUUUUUGUGAAAACCUUGACCGGAAAAACCAUCACCCUGGAGGUGGAGCCAUCCGACACCAUUGAGAACGUGAAGGCCAAGAUCCAGGACAAGGAGGGAAUCCCCCCAGACCAGCAGCGUCUCAUCUUCGCCGGCAAGCAGCUGGAGGAUGGCCGCACUCUUUCGGACUACAACAUCCAGAAGGAGUCGACUCUCCAUUUGGUGCUGCGUCUCCGCGGUGGUAUGCAGAUAUUCGUGAAGACUCUGACCGGAAAAACCAUCACCCUGGAGGUGGAGCCAUCCGACACCAUUGAGAACGUGAAGGCCAAGAUCCAGGACAAGGAGGGAAUCCCCCCUGACCAGCAGCGUCUCAUCUUCGCCGGCAAGCAGCUGGAGGAUGGCCGCACUCUUUCGGACUACAACAUCCAGAAGGAGUCGACUCUCCAUUUGGUGCUGCGUCUCCGCGGUGGUAUGCAGAUAUUCGUGAAGACUCUGACCGGAAAAACCAUCACCCUGGAGGUGGAGCCAUCCGACACCAUUGAGAACGUGAAGGCCAAGAUCCAGGACAAGGAGGGAAUCCCCCCAGACCAGCAGCGUCUCAUCUUCGCCGGCAAGCAGCUGGAGGAUGGCCGCACUCUUUCGGACUACAACAUCCAGAAGGAGUCGACUCUCCAUUUGGUGCUGCGUCUCCGCGGUGGUAUGCAAAUUUUUGUGAAAACCUUGACCGGAAAAACCAUCACCCUGGAGGUGGAGCCAUCCGACACCAUUGAGAACGUGAAGGCCAAGAUCCAGGACAAGGAGGGAAUCCCCCCAGACCAGCAGCGUCUCAUCUUCGCCGGCAAGCAGCUGGAGGAUGGCCGCACUCUUUCGGACUACAACAUCCAGAAGGAGUCGACUCUCCAUUUGGUGCUGCGUCUCCGCGGUGGUAUGCAGAUAUUCGUGAAGACUCUGACCGGAAAAACCAUCACCCUGGAGGUGGAGCCAUCCGACACCAUUGAGAACGUGAAGGCCAAGAUCCAGGACAAGGAGGGAAUCCCCCCUGACCAGCAGCGUCUCAUCUUCGCCGGCAAGCAGCUGGAGGAUGGCCGCACUCUUUCGGACUACAACAUCCAGAAGGAGUCGACUCUCCAUUUGGUGCUGCGUCUCCGCGGUGGUAUGCAGAUAUUCGUGAAGACUCUGACCGGAAAAACCAUCACCCUGGAGGUGGAGCCAUCCGACACCAUUGAGAACGUGAAGGCCAAGAUCCAGGACAAGGAGGGAAUCCCCCCUGACCAGCAGCGUCUCAUCUUUGCCGGCAAGCAGCUGGAGGAUGGCCGCACUCUUUCGGACUACAACAUCCAGAAGGAGUCGACUCUCCAUUUGGUGCUGCGUCUCCGCGGUGGUAUGCAAAUUUUUGUGAAAACCUUGACCGGAAAAACCAUCACCCUGGAGGUGGAGCCAUCCGACACCAUUGAGAACGUGAAGGCCAAGAUCCAGGACAAGGAGGGAAUCCCCCCAGACCAGCAGCGUCUCAUCUUCGCCGGCAAGCAGCUGGAGGAUGGCCGCACUCUUUCGGACUACAACAUCCAGAAGGAGUCGACUCUCCAUUUGGUGCUGCGUCUCCGCGGUGGUAUGCAGAUAUUCGUGAAGACUCUGACCGGAAAAACCAUCACCCUGGAGGUGGAGCCAUCCGACACCAUUGAGAACGUGAAGGCCAAGAUCCAGGACAAGGAGGGAAUCCCCCCUGACCAGCAGCGUCUCAUCUUCGCCGGCAAGCAGCUGGAGGAUGGCCGCACUCUUUCGGACUACAACAUCCAGAAGGAGUCGACUCUCCAUUUGGUGCUGCGUCUCCGCGGUGGUAUGCAGAUAUUCGUGAAGACUCUGACCGGAAAAACCAUCACCCUGGAGGUGGAGCCAUCCGACACCAUUGAGAACGUGAAGGCCAAGAUCCAGGACAAGGAGGGAAUCCCCCCAGACCAGCAGCGUCUCAUCUUCGCCGGCAAGCAGCUGGAGGAUGGCCGCACUCUUUCGGACUACAACAUCCAGAAGGAGUCGACUCUCCAUUUGGUGCUGCGUCUCCGCGGUGGUAUGCAAAUUUUUGUGAAAACCUUGACCGGAAAAACCAUCACCCUGGAGGUGGAGCCAUCCGACACCAUUGAGAACGUGAAGGCCAAGAUCCAGGACAAGGAGGGAAUCCCCCCAGACCAGCAGCGUCUCAUCUUCGCCGGCAAGCAGCUGGAGGAUGGCCGCACUCUUUCGGACUACAACAUCCAGAAGGAGUCGACUCUCCAUUUGGUGCUGCGUCUCCGCGGUGGUAUGCAAAUUUUUGUGAAGACUCUGACUGGAAAAACCAUCACCCUAGAGGUGGAGCCAUCCGACACCAUUGAGAACGUGAAGGCCAAGAUCCAGGACAAGGAGGAUCCCCCAGACCAGCAGCGUCUCAUCUUCGCCGGCAAGCAGCUGGAGGAUGGCCGCACUCUUUCGGAAUACAACAUCCAGAAGGAGUCGACUCUCCAUUUGGUGCUGCGUCUCCGCGGUGGUAUGCAGAUAUUCGUGAAGACUCUGACCGGAAAAACCAUCACCCUGGAGGUGGAGCCAUCCGACACCAUUGAGAACGUGAAGGCCAAGAUCCAGGACAAGGAGGAUCCCCCUGACCAGCAGCGUCUCAUCUUCGCCGGCAAGCAGCUGGAGGAUGGCCGCACUCUUUCGGACUACAACAUCCAGAAGGAGUCGACUCUCCAUUUGGUGCUGCGUCUCCGCGGUGGUAUGCAGAUAUUCGUGAAGACUCUGACCGGAAAAACCAUCACCCUGGAGGUGGAGCCAUCCGACACCAUUGAGAACGUGAAGGCCAAGAUCCAGGACAAGGAGGGAAUCCCCCCUGACCAGCAGCGUCUCAUCUUUGCCGGCAAGCAGCUGGAGGAUGGCCGCACUCUUUCGGACUACAACAUCCAGAAGGAGUCGACUCUCCAUUUGGUGCUGCGUCUCCGCGGUGGUAUGCAAAUUUUUGUGAAAACCUUGACCGGAAAAACCAUCACCCUGGAGGUGGAGCCAUCCGACACCAUUGAGAACGUGAAGGCCAAGAUCCAGGACAAGGAGGGAAUCCCCCCAGACCAGCAGCGUCUCAUCUUCGCCGGCAAGCAGCUGGAGGAUGGCCGCACUCUUUCGGACUACAACAUCCAGAAGGAGUCGACUCUCCAUUUGGUGCUGCGUCUCCGCGGUGGUAUGCAAAUUUUUGUGAAGACUCUGACUGGAAAAACCAUCACCCUAGAGGUGGAGCCAUCCGACACCAUUGAGAACGUGAAGGCCAAGAUCCAGGACAAGGAGGGAAUCCCCCCAGACCAGCAACGUCUCAUCUUCGCCGGCAAGCAGCUGGAGGAUGGCCGCACUCUUUCGGAAUACAACAUCCAGAAGGAGUCGACUCUCCAUUUGGUGCUGCGUCUCCGCGGUGGUAUGCAGAUCUUCGUGAAGACUCUGACUGGAAAAACCAUCACCCUGGAGGUGGAGCCAUCCGACACCAUUGAGAACGUGAAGGCCAAGAUCCAGGACAAGGAGGGAAUCCCUCCUGACCAGCAGCGUCUCAUCUUCGCCGGCAAGCAGCUGGAGGAUGGCCGCACUCUUUCGGACUACAACAUCCAGAAGGAGUCGACUCUCCAUUUGGUGCUGCGUCUCCGCGGUGGUAUGCAAAUUUUUGUGAAGACUCUGACUGGAAAAACCAUCACCCUGGAGGUGGAGCCAUCCGACACCAUUGAGAACGUGAAGGCCAAGAUCCAGGACAAGGAGGGAAUCCCUCCUGACCAGCAGCGUCUCAUCUUCGCCGGCAAGCAGCUGGAGGAUGGCCGCACUCUUUCGGACUACAACAUCCAGAAGGAGUCGACUCUCCAUUUGGUGCUGCGUCUCCGCGGUGGUAUGCAGAUAUUCGUGAAGACUCUGACCGGAAAAACCAUCACCCUGGAGGUGGAGCCAUCCGACACCAUUGAGAACGUGAAGGCCAAGAUCCAGGACAAGGAGGGAAUCCCCCCAGACCAGCAGCGUCUCAUCUUCGCCGGCAAGCAGCUGGAGGAUGGCCGCACUCUUUCGGACUACAACAUCCAGAAGGAGUCGACUCUCCAUUUGGUGCUGCGUCUCCGCGGUGGUAUGCAAAUUUUUGUGAAGACUCUGACUGGAAAAACCAUCACCCUGGAGGUGGAGCCAUCCGACACCAUUGAGAACGUGAAGGCCAAGAUCCAGGACAAGGAGGGAAUCCCCCCAGACCAGCAGCGUCUCAUCUUCGCCGGCAAGCAGCUGGAGGAUGGCCGCACUCUUUUGGACUACAACAUCCAGAAGGAGUCGACUCUCCAUUUGGUGCUGCGUCUCCGCGGUGGUAUGCAGAUCUUCGUGAAGACUCUGACUGGAAAAACCAUCACCCUGGAGGUGGAGCCAUCCGACACCAUUGAGAACGUGAAGGCCAAGAUCCAGGACAAGGAGGGAAUCCCUCCUGACCAGCAGCGUCUCAUCUUCGCCGGCAAGCAGCUGGAGGAUGGCCGCACUCUUUCGGACUACAACAUCCAGAAGGAGUCGACUCUCCAUUUGGUGCUGCGUCUCCGCGGUGGUAUGCAGAUAUUCGUGAAGACUCUGACCGGAAAAACCAUCACCCUGGAGGUGGAGCCAUCCGACACCAUUGAGAACGUGAAGGCCAAGAUCCAGGACAAGGAGGAUCCCCCUGACCAGCAGCGUCUCAUCUUCGCCGGCAAGCAGCUGGAGGAUGGCCGCACUCUUUCGGACUACAACAUCCAGAAGGAGUCGACUCUCCAUUUGGUGCUGCGUCUCCGCGGUGGUAUGCAGAUCUUCGUGAAGACUCUGACUGGAAAAACCAUCACCCUGGAGGUGGAGCCAUCCGACACCAUUGAGAACGUGAAGGCCAAGAUCCAGGACAAGGAGGGAAUCCCUCCUGACCAGCAGCGUCUCAUCUUCGCCGGCAAGCAGCUGGAGGAUGGCCGCACUCUUUCGGACUACAACAUCCAGAAGGAGUCGACUCUCCAUUUGGUGCUGCGUCUCCGCGGUGGUAUGCAGAUAUUCGUGAAGACUCUGACCGGAAAAACCAUCACCCUGGAGGUGGAGCCAUCCGACACCAUUGAGAACGUGAAGGCCAAGAUCCAGGACAAGGAGGGAAUCCCCCCUGACCAGCAGCGUCUCAUCUUCGCCGGCAAGCAGCUGGAGGAUGGCCGCACUCUUUCGGACUACAACAUCCAGAAGGAGUCGACUCUCCAUUUGGUGCUGCGUCUCCGCGGUGGUAUGCAGAUCUUCGUGAAGACUCUGACUGGAAAAACUAUUACCCUGGAGGUCGAACCUUCUGACACCAUUGAGAACGUGAAGGCCAAGAUCCAGGACAAGGAGGGAAUCCCCCCAGACCAGCAGCGUCUCAUCUUCGCUGGCAAGCAGCUGGAGGAUGGCCGCACUCUUUCGGACUACAACAUCCAGAAGGAGUCGACUCUCCAUUUGGUGCUGCGUCUCCGUGGCGGAGUCUGCGCCUAAUCUUACUACAUUUCGACAUACCCCGACACACACAGAACUAGUUACAUCAAGGCCAAACAUUAAAAAAUUUUUUGCACUAAACGACUGUCAAAUUUAGUUUAAAUUCAGGCCUCAGUACAAAGACCGAUUUAUGUUGACAACACUUUUCCCGCUAAAAUUCGAGGCAUAAAUUAUACAUU